GACGUCACGCUCCGCCGCGAGCCGCCCAGCGGUGACGUCACCGCCGACACGCGCGCCGUUCGCACGGAGUCCGUUUGAAGAGCCACACGUUUCAAGCCGAACCGAACCGAACCGAAACCCUGACCCAGAGCUAUGUCCGCUAAGCCCGGCGAAGAGAAUCCCGGGUUCCUAGGGAGUGCCCCGCCGGGAAGCGAAGCGUGGCCUCCCAGCCCACCCAGGGACCAGGCGACAGGACGGCGGCAAGUGGAAGGCGCUGGGCUAGGGGGGCCCGUCGCCAUGGAGACUGCGUCUACAGGUGAUCUGGACUUCGACCUCCUGAAUAGCUCAGUGAGCACUGGCAGCGACCUGUACACAUCCCUGCGCUCUCAACAAGUGGCACCGUAUCUCUUUGGGGAUCAGAAGCAAGUAGAACGGGUGUCCAGUCUAGAUUCACACGGUGGGAUGUUCAGCUCCGAUUCAGGCAUUGAAAUGACCCCUGGGGAGUCCAUAGACGUGGCCCGGAGUCUGCUGGAGUCGGAGAAGACUGAAACCUACAGCUACAUGGACGUAGGCCAAAGGGAUGAGCAUCAGCAGCAACUGCAGCACCUUGGUGGGUGGGAUGACUCAGUGAAGACCAGCUCGGGCCAGUACCAGGAGAAGAAGGCCCCAGAGACGCUGGGCCCGGUGCUGGACUCAUACUCCUUCCCCUAUGUGGAGGAACCUUCGGAUGAAGAGCUGUUGGACCAUCUGGCCGAAAGUGCGGGUGGCACACCACGGACCAUCAGCCCGGUCAGGAUCACCCUGACUGAGACGGCCCCCGCCUCUGGCUGCCCCCCCCAGAUCUCAGUGUCUGAGAGAGAGAGCAUCCUCAGCCUGGGUGUGGAAGGAGUGCCCACAGUCACACUGUCCGAGCCUGAGGACGACAGCCCCGACUCUGUUACGCCUCCCCUCACAGAGGAAUCCCCAUCUGACCUCAUGUUCCAGUCUAGUGUGGUGAAGCCUGUGAGUUCCGGAGUGGUUAAUGCUUUCGGGGCCUCUGCCCAGCCCCUCCACUCAGCAACUGUCCACGACCAAGAUGGCAGCAGCGCCGAGUCGGGUGACUCUGAGAUUGAGCUGGUGUCGGACGAGCCGUCCCCCCUCCACGAGCAGCGGUCCCCCGGAGCUGGUUACGCGAGCUUUGGUCUCAUGGGAGGCCCCGCCUCUGCCGUGGCCCCAGUGGCUCCACCCAUUCAGUAUAGCAUUCUGCGGGAGGAGCGGGAGGCGGAGCUGGACAGCGAGCUCGUCAUUGAAUCAUGUGAUGCCUCCUCUGCAUCGGAGGAAAGCCCCAAAAGGGAGCAAGACCCUGCCCCGGCCCCGACUCCUGCCCUCACAACUGCACCCGCCCCUGCCCCCGCCCCCAUGCCUGUUGAGCCCCCAUCCUACAUUUCAAGAGAGGGUCCAGCCAGUGACAAGAUCCCCAGUCCUUCCAAGAUGGAGGGUGUUUACCCUUGCCGACCUCAGGCGGUGCCGACUGCAGUGUUUACAAUCUGCUCCCCCCUCCCCGCACCGCUAUGGCUUGGCGGCUCUCGCUUUGCUGUACAGCAUCAUCAUCGUAUAGCUCCGCCUCCACUUUCCCCCCCCCACCCCCGCCUCCCCUCAGCCAUUCAUGUGCUGGGAUGCCUGAGUGAGAGUCUGUUCGCUGCAGCAGAACCUUCGGAGAAAACAGGAAAACACCCGUGCUCCAGCAUGCAGGCCAGCGCCGAGCCCACCAAGGAGUGCCUCUGGAGCGGCUGGAAGUGUCAGGCCAUGGACCUGCUGUAUUGGCGGGACGUGAAGCAGACGGCCGUGCUGUUUGCCAGCGUACUGCUCCUGCUCUUCUCGCUCACGCAGUUCAGCGUCGUCAGCGUCAUGGCCUACAUGGCCCUGGCCGCCCUCUCCGCCACCAUCAGCUUCAGGGUCUACAAGUGCGUCCUGCAGGCUGUGCAGAAGACCGACGAGGGACACCCCUUCAAGUCCUACCUGGAGACAGAGAUCGCCUUGUCCCAGGAUCAGAUCCAGAAGUAUACUGAUUGCACCCAGCUGUACAUGAAUAGUGCCAUGAAGGAACUACGCAGGCUGUUCCUGGUGCAGGACCUGGUAGACUCACUCAAGUUUGCUGUGCUGAUGUGGUUGCUGACAUAUGUGGGGGCGCUCUUCAACGGCCUAACACUGCUCAUCCUGGUGGUCAUAUCCAUGUUCACCAUGCCUGUGGUCUAUGAGAAGUACCAGGCUCAGAUUGACCAGUACCUGGGGCUAAUAAGGACCCACGUCAACUCCGUGGUAGGAAAGAUACAGGAGAAAAUUCCAGGGACCAAACGGAAGACGGAAUAGGAGACCCUGCGGCCAGCAGCCGUGCCAGAGGCUGGAUCUGUAUCUUCUUUUGGUCAACAUCAUGGUGUUUGGGAAACUGCACAUGUGUGCAGUGGGGGGGGGGGGCGUCUCUGAUUACAGUAAACUCACUUCAUCAUGCCAAGCACUAAAAGUCUAGUGAGGAAAAUAAAAGUUCAGACAAAUGACGUGUUUUUUUGUAUUGUUUAUUAAGUGCAUGACAAUAUUGACUUGUGUGUUAUUUUCCCGCUACUCUGCACAGUGCUGGUGGAUUUAAGCUGUAACGUGACGUAAUUCGCUCAGCUGCAACGCUAAGCAUCGCCUUUAUCUAAACACAUCCAUAUGUAUAAAUACCCCAUAGACACAUGGAUUCAUUUUUUUGGUGUUUUCCAGCACAAAUCAAACACUUCUCUACUUAUGAACUAUGGUAAUCGUAGGCUUUGUUUUUUUGUAUUAAAAUAAGGAACCAGACUGAUGUUUUAGGUACUGCUGUUAAAUUACACAAAAAACAGCAGGUGGUCACACUAGCUUGUUAAAAACCUGUCCACCUUUGUACCUUGUUUGAUGUAGUUCUUCUUAGUCCUGGACUAUUUGCACCUCUGUACUGUUAAUGAAUGCGAAAAUAAAUGUCCCUGAAUGUAAA